GGUGCGUGCAUUUGUGUUGUCCGGUGUUUGAAGACGCUUUGAAUUCGCUUUCAAUUUCUUCGUAGGAAAAAUGUCGGGUGAUACCGAUAAAGCGAAAAUCAGUGACAAUCAGGAUGAAGACAAGAAGUCCACAGCCGGCGACGGGCAUACAACAGAAGACGAGUCGUCACAAGACUCCAAGGGUGAGUGCCCGGCUCCUGCCCAGCCAGGUAACACCGAUGUAGAUCAACCUAGCGACGAUCCCAACAAAGAUACACCUGAAGGCGACGCCAAAAGCACAACGGCUAAUGGGAAGGAAGAUGACGCGGGCGGAGAUGACGCUAAAGACGAGAAAAGAGACGCCAAAGCAGAGGGGGAUGUAAAAAAGGAAGAAAAUGGUGAAACACACGAUGACGACGAGAAAGAUGACGUGAAAGACAACAAGAACGCCAAGAAACCGCCCGCCAAGAAGAAGGCUAAGAAAGAGGAUACCGAAGAGGAAGACGAAGAUGAGGAGGAAGAGGAGGAGGAGGAUGAGGAGGGGGAAGAGGGCGAUGAGGAGGGAGACGAGGAUGAGAAGAAGCCCAAAGAAAAGGUAAAGAAGCCAGCAAAGAAAGCCAAAGAUGGCGACGAAGAUGGUGACGAGGAGGAGGGCGAUGAGGAGGGGGAGGAGGAGGAAGAAGAGGAGGAGGAGGAAGAGGAGGCUCCCAAACCCAAGCCCAAGAAAGAGCCUACGGAACCGCCAGUGCCGUUGCCAGCAGGCAAGGGCAUCCCGCUGGGCCACAUCAGCAACGUUGAGAUCUCACUGUCGCGCUUCAAGACCCAGGAUCAGAAGAUCCUUCACCAGUUCCUCUAUGGGCAAUUAUGCCUCGACCGCAACGUGAAGCGUAACAUCAAGAAGUUCCGCGGCUAUGAGUGGGCGAUAGGCUCCGCCGAGUACAAAGCUAAGCUGGAAGAGACCACUAAGAUGGAGCCCAAGCAAGUCCGCACUAUGUGCGAGAUGCUCGACUUGGACAAGAAAGGUUCUGGUGCGGAGCUGGCGGCGCGGCUGGUGGGGUUCCUGCAGCAGCCGGUGAACAACUCCGUGCACGCGCGCGGCUCCGCGCGCCCGCCGCCCGCCGCCGCACACACGCCCGGCGGCCGCCCGCGCCGCUCCGCCGCCGUCAAGGUGCACAACCGAGGUUAUUCCGAUGAGGAGUAUGAAACCGACCCGGAGACGAAGGUCAAGGGUCCCAAACCAGCAAAGGAUGGCUCAGAAGAUUCAGACGGUUCGUUCAACCCGAGCGGGUCGGAAGAGGCGGACUCGGACUUCGACCCCGAGGGCGGCGAGAGCGCGGGCGGCCCCGCGCGCAAGCGCAAGAGCUCCGGCCGCCGCCGCUCCGGCGCCAAGCCCGCCAAGCGCGGCAAGCGCCAGCGCGGCAAGCCCGCCAAGGGCAAGAAGGGUCGUGCGGCAAAGAGAGCGCGCUCUGAAAGCGAAGAGGAGAGUGAAAAAUCCGAAAGCGAAAAUGAGUCCGAGUCCGGCGGAGGAAGCGACGGAGAAGAGUCCGAUGAGCCAAAAUCCAAGCGCGGACGGCCGGCGGCCAAGGCUAAGGGCAAGGGAGCCGUCGCUAAGAACGCCAAGGCGACGCCGGUUAAACGAAAAGCGCCUACGCCACCAGCCAAGAAGAAGCCAGCGGGCAAGGCGGCAGGCCGACCGGCAGCCAAGAAGCCAAACAAGAAGGCCGCCUCCUCCGAAGAGGAGUCCGGGGAGGGAAGCGAAGAGGAAGAGGAGGGUAGCGAGGAGGAGAGCGCGGGAGACAGCGACUCCCCUUCUGACAAGAAGAAGCGCCCGCCCACGGACGAUGAAAUCAAGAAGUACGUGAAGCAGAUCCUCGAGGGCGCCAACCUCGAGCAGAUCACGAUGAAGACCGUGUGCAAGCAGGUGUACAGCCACUACCCCGACUUCGACCUGGCGCACAAGAAGGACUUCAUCAAGGCCACAGUCAAGUCGCUCAUCUCUUCGUGAGCAGUGAGUACUCGGCCGCAAACACAUUCAUAGAAGUAAGGUACACCACUUAAACCUAGACUAAUGCCGCGCCGCGGCUCCGCUCGUGCUCGUACCGGGGCUAUGAAAUAUAAAACCACUCUCUAAUUAUCUAAAUUAGGGUAAAAGCCCAGCCGGUUUACCCUUGAAUCGCCGACAAACACUUCGAAUAUUAUUUCAAAGACAACGUUUCGAAUAAUUUCAUUUCAUCGACAGUUUAUAUCGUAGAACAAUAGAUACAAGUAAAAUCAAACCGUAGACU